CUCAGGCUGAGUGCACGUCCAUCCCCUUGUCGGUCCGUCCGUCCGGUGCCCAGAGCACCUCUGCCUUCGUUGUGGUCCGGCCGUUCCUUUGACUCGAGCGGCGGCUGAGGCGCUCGCCAUGGCGACGUUCAUUUCAGUUCAGCUGAAGAAAACCUCGGAGGUGGACCUGGCCAAACCGCUGGUGAAGUUCAUCCAGCAGACGUACCCGAGCGGCGGCGAGGAGCAGGCCCAGUACUGCCGCGCGGCCGAAGAGCUCAGCAAGCUGCGCCGCGCCGCACUCGGCCGUCCGCUCGACAAGCACGAGGGCUCUCUCGAGACACUCUUGAGAUAUUAUGAUCAGAUUUGUUCCAUUGAGCCCAAAUUUCCAUUUUCUGAAAAUCAGAUUUGUUUGACAUUUACUUGGAAGGAUGCUUUUGAUAAAGGUUCACUUUUUGGAGGAUCUGUAAAAUUGGCUCUUGCAAGCUUAGGCUAUGAAAAGAGCUGUGUGUUGUUCAAUUGUGCGGCCUUAGCUAGCCAGAUUGCAGCGGAACAGAACCUGGAUAAUGAUGAAGGAUUGAAAGUCGCUGCUAAGCAUUACCAGUUUGCUAGUGGUGCCUUUUUGCAUAUUAAAGAGACGGUUUUAUCUGCCUUAAAUCGAGACCCUACCGUGGACAUAUCUCCAGAUACUGUUGGGACCCUCAGUCUUAUUAUGCUUGCGCAGGCCCAAGAAGUAUUUUUUUUAAAAGCUACAAGAGAUAAAAUGAAAGAUGCUAUAAUAGCUAAAUUGGCCAAUCAGGCUGCAGAUUAUUUUGGUGAUGCUUUCAAACAGUGUCAAUACAAAGAUACUCUCCCCAAGGAGGUGUUCCCUGUCUUGGCUGCAAAGCACUGUAUCAUGCAGGCCAAUGCUGAGUACCACCAGUCUCUCCUGGCAAAACAGCAGAAGAAAUUUGGAGAAGAAAUUGCAAGGUUACAGCAUGCAGCAGAAUUGAUUAAAACAGUGGCAUCUCGCUAUGAUGAAUAUAUCAAUGUGAAGGAUUUUUCUGACAAAAUCAGCCGUGCCCUUACUGCAGCAAAGAAGGAUAAUGACUUUAUUUAUCAUGAUCGAGUUCCAGACCUUAAAGAUCUAGACCCUAUUGGCAAAGCUACAUUUGUGAAAUCUACCCCCAUCAAUGUACCCAUCAGCCAGAAAUUCACUGAUCUCUUUGAAAAGAUGGUUCCUGUGUCAGUACAGCAGUCUUUGGCUGCUUAUAAUCAGAGGAAAGCUGACUUGGUUAACAGAUCAAUUGCUCAAAUGAGAGAAGCCACCACUUUGGCAAAUGGCGUGUUAGCUUCCCUUAAUCUUCCAGCAGCAAUUGAAGAUGUAUCUGGAGAUACUGUACCUCAGUCGAUACUGACUAAGUCUACAUCUGUGAUUGAACAGGGAGGUAUUCAAACUAUUGAUCAGUUGAUCAGGGAGCUUCCAGAACUACUACAAAGAAAUAGAGAAAUCCUGGAUGAGUCAUUAAGAUUGUUGGAUGAAGAAGAAGCAAGUGAUAAUGAUUUAAGAUCAAAAUUCAAGGAACGCUGGCAAAGGACACCAUCCAAUGAACUCUAUAAGCCUCUAAGAGCAGAGGGUGCCAACUUUAGAACUGUUUUGGAUAAAGCUGUGCAAGCUGAUGGACAAGUGAAAGAACGCUAUCAGUCUCACCGUGACACCAUUGCACUUCUGUGUAAGCCAGAGCCUGAGCUAAAUGCUGCCAUUCCUUCUGCUAACCCAGCAAAGACCAUGCAGGGCAGCGAGGUUGUAAAUGUCUUAAAAUCCUUGUUGACAAAUCUUGAUGAAGUGAAGAAGGAAAGAGAGAGUCUGGAGAAUGAUCUGAAAUCAGUGAAUUUUGACAUGACGAGCAAGUUUUUGACUGCUCUAGCUCAAGAUGGUGUGAUAAAUGAAGAAGCACUUUCCGUUACUGAACUGGAUCGACUCUAUGGAGGCCUUACAACUAAAGUCCAAGAAUCUCUAAAGAAACAGGAGGGACUUCUUAAAAAUAUACAGGUCUCACACCAGGAAUUUUCAAAAAUGAAACAAUCUAACAAUGAAGCUAAUUUAAGAGAAGAAGUAUUGAAGAAUUUAGCUACUGCAUAUGACAACUUUGUUGAACUUGUGGCUAAUUUGAAGGAAGGCACAAAGUUUUACAAUGAGUUGACUGAAAUCCUGGUCAGGUUCCAGAACAAAUGCAGUGAUAUAGUGUUUGCACGGAAGACAGAAAGAGAUGAACUCUUAAAGGACUUGCAACAAAGCAUUGCCAGAGAACCCAGUGCUCCUUCAAUUCCUACACCUGCAUAUCAGUCCUCUCCAGCAGGGGGACAUGCGCCAACUCCUCCAACUCCAGCGCCAAGAACCAUGCCGCCUGCUAAGCCCCAGCCCCCAGCUCGGCCUCCACCUCCUGUGCUUCCUGCAAAUCGAACUCCUUCUGCCACUGCUCCAGCUCCAGCUCCGGCUCCGGCUCCGGCGACUACUGGGAUCACUGCAUCAGCUCCAUCACAGACCCCUGGGUCAGCUCCCCCUCCCCAGGCCCAGGGUCCCCCCUAUCCAACCUAUCCAGGAUAUCCCGGGUAUUGCCAAAUGCCCAUGCCUAUGGGCUAUAAUCCUUAUGCGUACGGCCAGUAUAAUAUGCCGUAUCCUCCAGUAUAUCACCAGAGCCCUGGACAGGCUCCCUACCCGGGACCCCAGCAGCCUUCAUACCCCUUCCCUCAGCCCCCACAGCAGUCUUACUAUCCACAGCAGUAAUAUAUCUGCCCAGAAGCUCAGCUGGUUCAGUUCGAAGGGAAAGAAAUACCAAACCUGCAAUAAGUAUACUAAACUCUAUGCUCUGGUUAAUAUAAUAUACUCUACUGAACGUGGUGUAUAAUUUUUGUCGGCAGUGAAAAGCUGAAAGCUGUGCUCCAGUUUCACAUUUGAUCGCACAUGUGAGAUUUGCUGCUGUUGCAGUAUAAACACUAGGUAUAAUAGGUUUUGAAAUAAAUUACGUUACCAUUCAUAAAAGUUGAAAAUGAGAAAUUAAACCUGCAAGUGAAACAAUUGAAACUAUUCUUCUUUCUAUAUAAGAUAUGGUUGGGAUGUCGGAUACUUAUAUGAUAUUUUAAGUACUGAUAUUCAGGAAUACUAAGUUUUCUUUCUCUUUCAGUUUAUUGAUUUGGUUUGAUUUCCAUUUAUGCUAUUUUGAGUAAUCAAGGCAUUGUAAAUCUUAUAAUUUAAAAAUAAAUUACUUACGAACAGUUGUUAUCGUUAUGUUUUGUCAUUAUUCUCAUGACUGUCUAAUGUCUUUCCAGUAUUAGUCUCUCAUUUUUUAUGUACAUAAGUUAAACAGAUACUGUGCUGAAGUGCAUGAGUAGUGUAAGUUAAUAGUCAGGCUCAAGGCAAACCAAAAGAAUAGUACCAUAAUUUAUCUUUCUAUGCUGAUUAUGAAUGUUUGACAUUUCUUUUAAAAAGUCUUAAAAUGUGGACGAUACACACAAUUGCUACCAAAGAUUCUUCAAAUAAAUAUACAAAUAUGUAUAUUUAAUGUUUUAUUGUUAGCUUCUCCAAGAAAUUGAUACAAAUUCUGGUAAUACUUCCUUUAAUUUUCAUUUUUUUCUCAUAAUCACGGUUAAAAUAAAUACAUGUCAUUGACAAUA